UAUAAAUGUUAUCAUGUAAUGUAAACGAAACAUCUAGCUAAGGUUACAGCCUCUGGACACACACGUGUUUAAGCUAUACCUUCCCCAUUGACCUGGAGGACAGCAGUAACCAUCGUACUGCCUUCAAACGAAGAAACCUGAGGGGAAUGUUUGUGUUUAUGGAAGGCUUUGUUAAUGCUGAGGCGCUUUGACAGUUGACAGAAUGAGUGGCCAGAGUUCUCCAGCCGGUAAUGGCAUUACUCCAAUCCAACAGAUGGUGGCGUCCUGCUCCGGAGCCAUCCUCACAUCUUUGUUUGUUACACCUUUGGAUGUCGUGAAAAUCAGACUGCAGGCGCAGAAAACCCCCUUCCCCAAAGGGAAAUGUUUUGUCUACUGCAAUGGACUCAUGGACCACAUCUGUGUGUGUGAAAACGGCAACUCCAAGGCCUGGUACAAAGCCUCCGGUCACUUCAAUGGCACACUGGACGCCUUCAUCAAAAUAGUACGCCACGAAGGAAUAAAGGCACUAUGGAGCGGUCUGCCUCCAACCCUCGUGAUGGCGGUUCCAGCUACAGUGAUCUACUUCACGUGCUACGACCAGCUGUGUGCGGCGCUGAGGGUCAGGAUGGGAGAGCGCGCUCAGGAGGCUCCUCUGCUGGCCGGAGCUAUCGCUAGAGUGGGUUCAGCGACGGUGAUCAGCCCUCUGGAGUUGAUCCGUACCAAGCUGCAGUCUCAGAAACAGUCGUACAGCGAGCUGACUGAGCUCAUCCGCUCCGCCGUGCAGACUGAAGGCUGGCGGUCCCUGUGGCGAGGUCUGGGGCCCACGCUCUUCAGAGAUGUGCCCUUCUCAGCCAUGUACUGGUAUAACUAUGAGAGGAGCAAAGCCCGGCUGUGUGACUGGUACAACACCAGAGAACCCACCUUCACCAUCACCUUCAUCUCCGGAGCGGCGUCUGGCUCUUUUGCCUCCAUUGUAACAUUACCUUUUGAUGUCGUCAAAACGAGAAGGCAGGUGGAGCUGGGAGAGCUACAAGCAAAGAACUUGUCACAUCAGGUUUCCUCCUCCACCUUCAGCGUAAUGAGCAGGAUUGUGGCGCGGGACGGCUUCGGUGGACUGUUUGUAGGUUUCCUCCCGAGGUUGGUCAAAGUGGCCCCGGCCUGCGCCAUCAUGAUCAGCACGUAUGAGAUUGGAAAAGCAUUUUUCCGCAAACACAAUCAGGAGAGGACACUGGGCCAGCUGCAGACCAGUAACACCUGAAUUUACCCAAAAAGCUGAACGUAUUUCAGUCAGUGUGACUCAUUUUCAGUUGAUUUGGUUUCGUAAAGCAAACUCAACAUAGUAAGUAACCGAAUCAACUGAAAAAUGAGUCAGACUAACUGAAAUCAACUUAUUUGGUAAACAGGCCUGUUGAGAGAAAAGGAACAUGUUGCCAAAAAGACAAACAGAAAUGGAAGAGAAAAAGGAAUGAACUGCUUGAUCCAUUUCUGAAUGACAAGAUUUAUAUGAAGUUAUUUUUAUUAGUAUUUCUCAUUUAAUAUUCUAUGAUUCUACGUUCACUACAGUUCCUGUGCGCACAACUGAAAAUAGAUCAUGUUUAGUCGACUUAGUGAUCAAAUCAAACGCACAUUUUUGAUGCAUUUAACAGCCAGCAGAUGGCAGCCACACAUCUGUUAAUAAAAUGAUUUUCCAGUUCUCGCUGGGAUAGUGUGCACUGUGCCUGAAGUCCUGAUGUUAGAGAGAAGAUUUAUCUCCAUUUUAUUCCUCCGUGAGUCACCGUGAUUCAGUGUUUCCUCCCCCGACACACAGAUCUCCAUGUUUUUGCACUUUCAACCAGUCCCCUCUAACCUGUGAAUAUGUGUGUGUGUGUGUGUGUGACAGAGAGACGGACACACAAAAGCCAAAAUUGUGCCGAUGUAAAGCUCUGAGAGUGUUUUUGGAUUAUUUUCUAGUUUGAAAAGAGACUGCGGUAGACAACUGUGAUUAUAUGUAAACUUUAUGAAAGUGUGACGUCUCAACUGUUGAAUAUACAGUACAGGCCAAAAGUUUGGACACACACCUUCUCAUUCAAUGCGUUUCCUUUAUUUUCAUGACUAUUUACAUUUUAGAUUCAUCAAAACUAUUAAUGAACACAUGUGGAAUUAUGUACUUAACAAAAAAGUGUGAAAUAACUGAAAACAUGUCUUAUAUUCUAGUAAGCAAAGGGUGGCUACUUUGAGGAAUCUAAAAUACAAGACAUGUUUUCAGUUAUUUCACACUUUUUUUGUUAAGUGCAUAAUUCCAUAUGUGUUCAUUCAUAGUUUUGAUGCCUUCAGUGAGAAUCUACAAUGUAAAUAGUCAUGAAAAUAAAGAAAAACGCAUUGAAUGAGAAGGUGUUUGUCCAAACUUUUGGCCUGUACUGUACAUACCUGAUUUUAUUUGGAAAUUAUUUUUAUUAAAGCUUUAUCACCACACCUGUUCGUUGCUGAUAAGAAAUUGUUGCCAUCAGAUCCUCACUGUUUAAGUAAGUGGAGUUUAUUCAAAAUGAAGGAUAAAAAGGCAAACAAA